CGGCUACUGUGUUCCCCAGGAGGGGCCAAAUAGCUUUUUUGUUUUGUUUUUUUGUAACGUGCUGAGUCAGGCGAACCGAUUCACCGGCCGCAACUUAACAUCUAAGAAAAGGACAAAGGAAAUAGUCACUUGUUCAUUUCGAGGACUAAACACAGAGCGCACCAUCCUCAAGACCGACUUGUGAACUGUCUCUAGCCCUCGCUCCGCCUCAGAAGGAGGGGGGAAACUGGAGAACUUUUGAGCAGCCAAAGAAAGGCCUGACAAAGCUAACUCGGGUCUGUUUGCUCUGGCCUAAAGGCCAGAGAGCCAUGGCUUCCACCAUGUGGGGGAGCGCUCCCUGGUGGGGCCCGCCGCCCCCAGCCCCAGCCCGGCCGCUCACAGACAUCGACUUCUGCUCGGGUGCACAGCUUCAGGAGCUCACUCAGCUGAUUCAGGAGCUGGGUGUUCAGGAGAGUUGGAGCGAAGGGCCCAAGCCUGGAGCUGAUCUUCUCCGAGCCAAGGAUUUUGUCUUCUCUCUGCUCGGGCUAGUUCACCGCCAGGAUCCGCGUUUUCCACCCCAGGCAGAACUCUUAGUGCUUCGCGGUGGGAUUCGAGAAGGUUCUCUAGAUUUAGGGCAUGCUCCUUUAGGUCCCUACGCCCGGGGACCUCAUUAUGAUGCCGGUUUUACAGUCCUUGUGCCUGUGUUUUCUCUGGAUGGUGCCGGGCCCGCGCUGUUGCUGGAUCUGGAAUCCUCUUAUGCAUGGCUCCGCCUUCCAGAGCGGAUGUGUGGAAUUUCUGUCCGGGAGACCUGGCAGGAUUGCCUAGGACCCCCUGUCCCAGGGGAAUGUGAUUUGAUUCACCAAACCCAUAGUAAAGAGAGUCCCACGGACCGGGAAAGCUCUGUGGACACGUCACUCGAUUAUGUCUCAGAACCUGAGGCGCACAUGUCUUUGGAAAAAGCAUUUAGUGACCUUUCAGGGUCGCAAUCGCCUAAUAAUGACAACACCAACCUUGAAACUCCCGAACCACUGAAAACGCCGAGCAGCGACGCCUUGGAAACUGAGGAAAGGCCAGCCCCAAAGCCGUCGGAGGCUCCGAAGGCAUGGCCUACACUAUGCCCGACCCAAGUGGCUUCAUGGUUCUUCGAUAAGCUGGCUGAGGUUGCUGAGUCCCUGACCCCGGUCCCGGGAGCCCCGAGGCUAGUCCAUGCAGCUCGCCACGCGGGCGUCACCACGGUCCUCCUGGCAACUCCAGACCCCCCACGCCACCUCCUGCUCUUCGACCUGAUUCCGGUGGUGACAGUGACAGGCUGGCCUGACGCGGCUCGGAGCCACUCGUGGGCGGGCCCGCUGGCCUCGGAGUCGGCUUCUUUCUACCUAGUGCCGGGCAGCCUCCCAGAGCAGCCGGCCACCCCUGGAUGGCAGCUGUGCUUCGCUCGCCAGGAGCUGGCGCUCAAAGCGCGCAUCCCCGCGCCGCUGCUCCAGGCACACGCGGCGGCCCAGGCGCUCCUGCGCCCGCUGGUGGCGGGGACCCGGGCCUCUGCGCCCUACCUCCUGCGGACCUUGCUCUACUGGGCGUGCGAGCGGCUCCCCGCGCUCUACCUGGCACGGCCGGAAAAUGCCGGCGCUUGUUGCCUUGGGCUCCUGGAUGAGUUGAGCCGAGUGCUGGAGGCCGGGACGCUGCCUCAUUAUUUUUUGAGUGGCCGAAAGCUCUGUAUGGGAGAUGGCUCCGCUGCCCUGCGCGGGGCAUUGGCCCAGCUCCGCGGGGACCCUGCACGGGCCUUACGUGAGGCGGUGGAGGAAGCCAAGGUUGCCCGCAAAGGGGGCGGUUUAGCUGGCGUAGGGGGCGGGACCCAUUAAAGAUUCUACUCUUAAGGGAAUGGAAAGUGUUUCCUUGG